CGUAAAGUGAGUCCAUUAUCUCUACGACUUACUGUAGCCGGAGGAUCCGGAGGAUUCGGUGUAAAUAUCGUUGAGUCAGUAAAGGAGUAAAGGUUGGCUGCAGCGCGCAGAUGGCAGCCUCGUCCUCCUCCUCUUCGGCCGGAGGGGUCAGCGGCAGCUCCGUCACCGGCUCCGGGUUCAGCGCCUCCGAGCUGAUCCCCCCCCGGAAAGUGCUGUACACCUACCCGAAGGGGGCCGGGGAGAUGAUGGAAGAUGGCUCUGAUAGGUUUUUGUGCGAGUCAGUAUUCAGCUACCAAGUUGCGUCAACUCUUAAACAAGUUAAACAUGAUCAACAGGUGUCUCGAAUGGAGAAACUUGCUAGUUUAGUAGAAGAGCUAGACGCAGACGAAUGGAGGUACAAACCGAUAGAACAGCUUCUGGGUUUUACACCUUCCUAAAAAGGUGGCGGAAUAUUUUCUGUUGUGAGGUUUCCAAGAAGUGUGAAGAUGAGGAACAAUCAGCCUGCUGAAGACUUCAUUUACCAACUAUUUGCCCUCAAAAACUGACCAUUCAAACUGAUGGAAAGAACUGUGGUAUUCAUUAUUUGCAUUUCUGUCAUUUCUCCUCUAAAUGUUUUAACCUGUUAGCCUUAUUUCAUUAUGCACUGACAAUUCAUUCCAACCAUUGCAAUUUUAGAAUUGCACUGAUAAAUUUUUUUUUUUUUUUUAAAUUUAAAUUUUCCCCAGUGAAUUUCUUCUGGUGUUCAGUACAAGUGUAGUUAUUUUUGGUGGUUUGAUAUUUUUAAUAGCUGUGGUAAUAGGCUGUUGACCAAGGCAGGGGGAGAAGCUGGUUUGCUCUGGACUUCUUCAGGACUUCUCAGUUGUUUACUGAGCUGGCCCCAUGAGAGAUUGCUUCCUCAUUCCAGUAUGUCCAACCUCUGAGACCAGCUGUCCACGCUGCUGAAAUAUACACCAAGCCUCUCUAACCCCCUGCCUCUAUUGCAAUAUUCCUUGCUUCAACACCUAAACAUCUUUGUUUUCCUGUUUAAAAUCUGGUCAGGGGUAUUUUUGGCUGAUUAAACACUGUUCUUGUGUUGCGCUUGUGGAGUUUGUGGUAUGUGGGGAUACGCUGAAGAAAAUAAAGAUAGUUCUGUGACGGUU